UUGAGGUCACACUGUGCACGAGGUUGGACGUGGAGUGGAGUGAAAGCAAAACGGCACUCGUGAUAUGCUAGAAAACCGGCAUAAAAACACCGGGGGGAAAAAUCCAAUCGUACAGUUCCUUAGUUAUAGGCGUGUUGUGAGACACGGAACUGAACACUGUUUUGGUUAGGUAAGCGUGUUCGUUGAGAUCAGUGUGUGUUACUUCCCUUCCAUUUGUUGAGAGAUUUCAAGAUGAAUUGUUCACCAGUUCUAGCCGUUCUCGUCUGCGUGUUUUGCGUGUCAUCGGCGCAGCCAGCUGCCGAUGAAAUCACGUCGUUGCCCGGUGUCAGUGGACCGCUGAGUUCCCGGCAAUACUCGGGCUACCUCAGUGCCUCGGGAACCAUCAAACUUCAUUAUUGGUUUGUUGAGUCGGAGAGAGACCCUCAGAAUGAUCCCUUGGUGCUAUGGAUGAACGGAGGCCCAGGAUGCAGCUCACUAGAUGGCUUCCUGUCCGAACUUGGACCUUAUCAAAUGAAUGCUGAUGGGGCGACCCUACGAGCCAAUCCAUUCAGCUGGAAUCAGGUGGCUAAUGUCAUCUUCCUGGAGGCACCAGCUGGUGUGGGCUUCUCCUAUUCUGAUGACAAAAAUUACACCACAAAUGAUGAUGAGACAUCCAAGAAUAACUACCUGGCACUUCUGGACUUUUUCACCAAGUUCCCCAACAUGGCCUCCAAGCCGUUCUUCGUCACCGGGGAGAGCUAUGGGGGAGUAUAUGUGCCUACUUUGUCUGUCAGAGUCAUGGCCAAUGCUUCAAUCAAUUUUCAGGGUUUUGCCGUCGGUAAUGGUCUGCUUGAUAGAUCUCUCAACCAGCAAACAGCUGUGUACUACGCCUACUACCAUGGCAUCCUUGGUGAAGACGUGUGGGCCCAAUUACAGAAGUACUGCUGUACAAACGGAAACUGUAGCUUUGUUACUCCACCGAAUGCUCAGUGCACUCAAGCGCUGGCAACAGCACAAGGCAUAAUCUUCAACUCUGGCCUCAACCCAUAUGACGUGACCGGUAACUGUGCUGGGGGCGUCCCAGGCACUUCAACCAAGAGAGCUCGCAAGAUGUUCUCUUAUUUCUUUGAAUCGCUUCGCAUGAAUCCACCACAAACGAAGACAAUGUCUUGGUCAUUCGUCAGCGAAAACGUCAUCCCUUGCAUCAACACGACCGCAGAGACAAAUUAUUUGAACCGUCCCGAUGUACGAAUGGCUCUCCAUAUACCUGACGUUGUUCCUAAAUGGACUGUCUGCAGUCAGAUCCCCUACCAACCCCAGUACAACAGCAUGCACAAUCAAUUCAUUGCCCUCCUCCCGAAGCACCGUGGCCUGGUCUACAAUGGCGAUGCAGACAUCAUGUGCAACUACCUCGGAGACCAGAAGUUUGUCGCUGCCCUGAACCGGAAAAUGGUGGGUAAUCGUCGACCCUGGAUUUACGAUCACCAGGUGGCAGGCUUUGUCCAGGACUACGACCAAGUCUCGUUCAUGACGGUGAAAGACGCUGGCCACAUGGUACCCAGUUUCAAGCCUGGUGCAUCCCUGCAAAUGAUCAGUAACUUCUUGAGUAACAAGCCACAGUAAUCAAUCAGUAAUAGACCGGUCCGUUAAGCCCUGCCCACUGUAAACAGGGGCAACAACACGUGCGUCCCUCCAAUGCCAAACUGCAUGUUCCAGUCAAGCGUCAUUCACAUAUGCACACAUGUCAACUUUUGUGCGAGCACAUUUAAAAAUGAUCAAUCACCUUUGUGAUUGUUCAAAACUUAUGAGGCUGGGCUUAAUGGAUCGGUGUAUUUCAGACUGAUGUUCUGGAGUUGCACUGAAUCAAAGUAUUCCAAAGUCUGGAGUUAACCAAACUAAAAGUUCAUUGUUUGAAACAUGUAGGAGGUACUAUGUACAUGUAUAAAGAUCUGACGAGUCCAGAGUCUAGUCAAUGGAACGUAUUAAGUUCAAUUCUGGAACCAAAGUCUGUUUAUGUUGACUUGAGUCACUUUGAAGACUAUUUUGAUUGUUGCAACUCUGGAGUGCUUGUGAAACAACGCUGAAACUCUUACUUACCUAAUUACUUUUUUCCCGUUAUCUGAAGUAGGUGCAGUUCUAGGCUACAUAUUUUUAGUAGCCUAAAUGAAAACCUAAUGAAUGCAUUAAUUUGUUUAGCAUUGAUUUUUCAGAUUUUUCUCCAAAAAUUCUGUAUAAAAAUUGGAAGUGGGUGUGGAGUGGGAUUCCAGGAGACAUAUGCUUAAUUACAUUAGCUUAAUUACAAAAAUGUCUGUAUACAGUUCUGAUGAAGGCUAGAUGAUUUUGUUUCAGCCCCAUCGACAACUCAUAGAACUAUACUUGAUUUCAAGACUAGGUUUUAAUUUUCUCUUUUCAAUUUUGGACGGGCUUAAAAGUACUUAUUUUUUUUCGAUUUGGCUAAUUAACUUAAUAAACUUGGCUAAUAAAAUUAUUGUUUUUAAUCAGUUAUUUUAUAUAACCAUUUCCAAUUCAGAUAUGAAAGCCAAAGAUAAAAUGCAUACACCUUAGCGUAUUUAUCCACCUAAGCGUAGUUUUAGAUGAUCAUAAAAAGGUAUUUCAUGGUGUGUGAGAACUACUGAAAGACGUUUUAAUGUAAUACUAUAGUCUUCAUUAUGAAGAAAUUCAAAUGAAAAGUGGGCUAUUAAUCUUCAAGCCCAGUUCAUACUGAAAUCCAAAAUGCAAUUGUUUAUGAAAUAUGAAAUGAAUCUGACAUCAACAAGUUGGUGGUGAAAACCAGAAAUGGAAUGUCUUCAGUUUCUGCAAAAUACUUGCCGUGACGUCACCAAUUCACAGUCAUGUUGUCUGUUCCGAUUAUGAAUGGCCUUUAGGCCGUCUUGCCCUUUAUUUUUUCCUGUAGUCUCUAACUAACUUGUAGCCCUAAGUUAAUAUGCAAGUCACUGCAAGCAAUAUCUAGCAACUCUUGCACGGAGCUUAAAUGAACAUCAAACAUGAUUUCUUUGUUUUCAAAUCUAGAGAUUAAUUUGAGUGGCAAUAGAUUUUUAGGCUUUUAUGGCGGCAAGUGUCACCUUAGAAAGUGCCUUUCUCGGGAUGAAUUCGCGGUAAAAAAUAUCAAGAAGUGUACCACAGAAAGAAGUCCAUUGCUUCCAAUGUACAUGCCAAGUAUUUAUAUAACAGACUAUUUCAACAUAUAACAGGAAAGCGCAUGUUGAAACUCCGCAAUUAUUUAUCUUCAUUCAUGUUCUUAGCAACUUAAUAUCCUUGUUAGGAAAUUCUUCCAUUCUGCGCUUUUGUAAGAGGGCGCAUAAUGUACAUGUCUUUGUGCAAUAUGGCUGUUUUAUUGUGAGCAAUUACACAGUACACAGACUUCCUGGGUGGUUCUGACUUCCUGGUUCUGACUUCCUGGUAGCUGCAGUCGACUCUCGUUUAGUACAAACACUGUUAAUACAAAUUCUGGUUAUAACAAACAUAAAGGCUUGGUCCCGACUGUGCAUUUAUGUGCACAAUGAAUGGAACUGAUGCUCCUCUUAAUACAAAAUUCUGAUAUAACAAACAUUUUGGCUAGGUCCGGCCGAGUCCGGCAAAGUUUUGAAUAGUGGGAACACUUACUUGACA